AUGCUUCCCACUCCGUGCAAGCCGCUCGUCCACCGCUGCUCGCAGCCGGCGGCGGCCAUGGACACCGUCGGUGCGGCGUCACGACGUCGCCGCCACCGUCCUCUCUGCGUGGCAUCGGGCCCGAUAAGCGCGUCGGCGACGGCACAGCGGAGGAGGGCCGACGCGGUGGCGCGCAUGCCACCGCUGGCGCACCGGGAGGUGAUGCUGGCGCUGGCGGGCGAGGCGGAGGCGGUGCUGGGCGCGCGCCUUCUGCCGUCCGAGGUGCCCGCGGACGUCGCGGAGUUUCGCAACGCCACCGGGAACGCACUCGGCUCAGUGGACGUGCGCCGCGGCGUGCCCGGAUCGUCGAUCGAUUUCACGCUGGAGGCCUGGUUCCACCGCCAGCUACCGGGCGGCGGAGCCAUCGAUAUCAGCUCCCUGAUCUUCUUCCUCAACGGCACCACCGACGCGCCACACUUCCUCAUGGAGCUCAUCCAGGGAGGCCCGACCUCGCUCGUCGUCCUCCUCGACCUCUUCCCGCGCAGGGACCUCCCGCUCCAUCCGGACUACAUCGCUAGGUACUACGAGGCCACGGGCAUGGACGCUCAUCGCCGGAGCCUGGAGCGGUUGCCGCAGGUCCGUCCCUACGUCUCGCCAUCGCUGCUCGUGCGAAGCCUGUGGUCGCCCACGGCGGUGGUCGUGGACGUGCAGUGCGGGGAGGGAAGGGGGGCGGCGCUCGAGGAGAUUGUGCGCGGCCAGCUCGCGACCUCCGCCAAGGAGGUACUUGGCGUCUGGCUGGAGCACUGCGCGGCGGCGGUGGAGAUGAGUGACGCGGAGAGGGAGAGCAUGGUGGCCAGGGACAAGAUGAUCUCAACUACGUCUGUGGAGCUCAACCUUUCUGCCAACCUGCCGAGGAUGUUUGACGCCGACAUCUCCGCCAGGGUCGUUGCUGAGAUAGGCAAAGCCUUCCUAGGGUACUAGAAGUCUAGACAUCAUCAUAUGGCUAUCGAGUUUGUGUUAUUGGCUGGCAAUGUUUGGCUACCUGGCUUUCGGUGUCGA